AUGGUUCGCAAGUUAAAGUAUCAUGAACGGAAGUUACUGAAAAAAUUUGACUUUAUUAACUGGGAAUGUGACCAUAACCUACAUGAAGUUAAAGUUAUGCGAAUUUUUCACGUGCAAAAGCGCGAAGACUACACACUUUACAACAAACUCUCUCGAAAAAUCAGAGAAAUUGCUGAGAAACUUAAGAAUAUCGAUGAGAAUGAUCCGUGGAGAGCAGAAAUGACUGAGCUGUUAACAGCAAAAUUACACAACUUAGGUUUGAUACCAACCAGAAGAAGUCUCAUGUUAGCUUCGAAAGUCAGUGCCUCUUCAUUUUGUCGGAGACGGCUCUCAGUUAUUGUAAUGCGUUCAAAAAUGGCAGAAACAAUGAAAGCGGCUGUGACGUUUGUUGAACAAGGACACGUUCGUGUGGGGCCAGAUAUCAUACGAGACCCAGCAUACCUAGUUACAAGAUCUAUGGAAGACUACAUAACUUGGGCAUCUCGUUCGAAAAUUCGUAAACGAAUUGAAGAUUAUAAUGGAUUGAGAGAUGAUUAUGAUGAUGUAUAA